UACGUACCGUACCUCCCUGCCACAGAAAUACGCUUUACCAUACAUAAACCUCCACCUGGAUACGCGCCGCUACUCUUCACUUAUACGGUUUCCAAUCACAGGCUACCGUCAAGUUUUGGGGUGCAAAUCUCUGGCGCUCGACGCCGAGAGAGAAAUACUUUGCUAGAAACCUUCAAAGUUUACCAGUGAUGGGGCCCAGAUAUCUAUUCCCCGCUCUUCUGCUGUUGCUGGUUACUUUGUCAGUGGACGCAAGAAGAAACCGGCGUCCCAAUGUGAUCAUUUUGUUUGCAGACGAUUUGGGGUAUGGAGAUUUGCAGGUGUACGGGCACCCGACCUCGUCUACGCCCAACCUGAACCGACUGGCCCGCGACGGGAAGGUGUUCACUCAGUUCUAUGCAGCGGCCGCUAUAUGUAGCCCAUCGAGGGCUGCUCUUCUGACUGGCCGCUACCACAUGAGAUCCGGGAUCUACCCCGGUGUCUUCAAUGUGACGUCCUCAGGAGGCUUGCCACAUGGGGAGGAAACCAUCGCAGAGAUGCUCAAGGGGCGCGGCUACUACACGGCGAUGGUCGGCAAGUGGCAUCUGGGGGUGGGGCUCGAUGGGAAGUACCUCCCACCCUCUCAUGGCUUCGAUGAGUUCUUAGGUCUCCCUGCAUCCCACAGUCACUGUCCAUGCAGCAUCUGCUUCCAUCCAAACCGAACCUGCGUCUACAGCUGCAAGCAGAACUUCAGCCCCUGUCCUCUCUACAAUGGCACCACCAUCAUCGAACAACCCAUUGACCUCAUGACCCUGGACGAGAAGUACGCGACGCAGGCUCGCAAGGCCAUCCGGAAGAGUGUCAACGGUGAGAAACCCUUCUUCCUGUAUUACUCCUUCCAGCAUACGCACGACCCGCAGUACGCGGACUGGCGGAACACGGGAGCGACCGCUCGGGGCGACUACGGCGACGCCCUGGCCGCGAUGGACUGGGAGAUAGGGGAGGUGAUGGCGGAGCUGGACCAGCAGGAUAUAUGGAAUGACACCUUCAUCUUCUUCAGUGCAGACAAUGGGCCAAGCCUCUCUAAGCGAUGGGGAGGCAGCGUGGGACUCCUGAAGUGCGGCAAGGCUACCACCUAUGAGGGCGGUGUUCGCGUGCCAGCCAUAGCCCACUGGAGGGGUCGCAUCAAGCCUGGCUAUACCCUGGAGCUGUCCAGCACCCUGGAUCUCCUGCCGACCGUAGCCAAGAUCACAGGGGCCAGACUGCCCAGUGCCAUGCUGGAUGGGGUGGACAUGGCACCAUUUCUCUUCAAUGGUGGCAAGAGUUUGAGAGAGACAUUCUUCUACUACUCACCUGCAGCCAGCGAGAGACAGAGCUCCUUCGCAGUUCGUUACAAGCAAUACAAGGCUCACUUCUACACCAAAGGCUCCACCCUGUCUGGGAUAGGACAUCCUGAUCCUGAUUGCAGGAAGACUGCCAAGAGAACCAAACACAACCCUCCCCUUCUCUAUGACCUCCACAGGGAUCCCGCCGAGCAGUACAACAUUGCCUACGAGCCAGAGUACCAGGAUAUCAUCAAGCUGAUCACCCGCAUCAGGGAGGACUUUGAUGGUAGGAUGGAGUGGGCCGUGUCUGAGAUGCAUAAGCCGUCGUACGAUGAGUACAUGCCCUGUUGCAAUCCUGGAUGCGAGCCACAGCCUUACUGCUGCCACUGCACCCUGACAACCUCAAUCGCUUACAAUCCAUGGGAACUCUACACCGACAUCUGGCAGGAUAGCAACAGGGAAGCAAAGAUGAAGAGGAAGGAGAGGAAGGAGCUGUUCAAAAGAGAGCGAGAGGACAGCCGACGGCAGCUUUCCUUUAUGAAGGACCAGAAGAGAGGAAGAGAUAACACUCAAGAUGUCUUCUUAGAUAGUGAUCUUGAUAGAGGCGCUGGAAGAGAUAGGAUAAGGGAUGGGAACAGAGAAAAGAACAGAGGAAUCUUUGAUGAUCCACCAGUAAGAGACAAUGACAGAGAUCGGGUGAGGGAUAAACCACAAAGAGAAAAAGAGACUGAGAGUACCAGGGAAAGAGUUAAAGUCAGCCCCAGAGGCAGGGUACGGAUUAUCACAGAGGAAGAUCCUCCAUCUCGAGGUGACAGGGAGCGGGGUCGGGAUAGGCCCAGAGAGGGGGGAGGAGCCUUUGGAGAUAAUCCAAGGGAAAGACGGAGAGAAGGUUCGCGGAAGGAAGCCAGGUUGACUGGUCAAGGUUCUACCCUGGAUGAAAAAAGGGAAGCUGCUGGUAGUGGUAACAACUUACAUUAUCUCAAUCCUACAUCGCUGCAUGCCACGAGUGAAACACCCAACCUGCAGGAUCAGAGCAAGGAGUCAGGAGUGGGAUAUGUUGGUGGGGGAAGUGGUUCUCAUCAAGGCCUCAGGGAUGCAACAGGAGCAAACAUCAAUAAUUACUUCGGGGGCUUCUUUGCCUGGGACAGUUCCAAUGAACAAAUGGACGAGAGUAGCGACGGAGGCAUCGCCAACCCUCUUGCGGACACUCAGGUCCAACAGGUGGGAAGCACUUUUGAGGAGGUGUUCGAGACCACGACAGAUGCCCCGCUGGCAUUUGAUGCGGUUGCCAAAGAGCGCAGGAGAAACAAUAGAGACCAGAAAAACAUAGACAGGAGACAGGAGAGACAGAACAAGAAAGAAGUACGCAGAAUAAGAUUUGGUGUAGACCAGGAUGAUGAUCAAACAUUUGACUUUUGAAGGAAGCUGGAAGUACGUGGACUAUAUGCAAAACGAUGUCUCUGGGCCAAUCAACAGGAAGGAUAGAACUGAUGCGUUUGGUCAAAUUUUGAUAGUGCCUGUAUGGUCUUAUGGUCUCGUGGUCCUAUUCAGACCAAUUUGGAGUGUUGCGGUAUGAGACAUCUUAAUUUCUUGAAUGAUUUCAGCUUCAAGUGGACAUGUCAGAUGUGCACAUGUCUACCAGUUAUGUCAGGAGAGAUAGAUAUAAAGAGAGAGAGAGAGAGAGAGAGAGAGAGAGAAUAAGAGAGUCUUCAUAUAGAUUGAGAUAAAGAAAGAUGGGGAGGAGUUGGGAAAAAAAAGAAGAAUAUAUCGUCUGCUGAGAGCCAGAAGGAUGUUAACUCAAAAUAAACUUUUGCUUAUACUGGUAGCCAACAUCCUUCUGGCACUCAACUGAAGACCUGUGGUAUUGAUCGACAAGGCAAACGAUUGACAGUUAGGCCACGGUUCUGGGACCAUCAGUGAUGGAGACUCGUAAGGUCAAAGUUCAAAGUUUUUGAUGCCCUUCUUUGCCUGUAAAUUGUCUAUGAGGCUUCACCUAGCAGGGUAUAUAUCAUAUCAGUAUGCAGGGAUAAACAGCAGGGUCUGCACUCGUAAUCCGCAGCCAUAAUCUAUUGCAUACUCAUCAUUUAUGAACCUGUGCACUUGUCAAAUGAAUUUGUUGCCAUUGCUUUAGUAUUAAAGGGGGACCAAUCAUCAAAGAAUUAAUUUCCAGUGUAUGUUUGGGAUUCAUGCAGGUAUAUUAUUGAAAAUACCAGCUUCAUAUAUAUGCUCUUUAAACUUAAAGAGAUAGCCCACAUACAUGUGCUUGAAAGCCUAGUCAGAGUUUUAUUUCAAUACAGGCCUUUUAUGAAGUAAGGUUAAUGCUUCCUUACUCUUGCAGGGAUGAUGUUUCAAUUAUCAUUUGCCCCACCAAGAUAUGUAGGUACUUGGUGAUCAACAUUUAUCACUGUUUUGAAGUCUGAAUCAAGCAUUCUAAAUCUGUAUGAAUUAAAGAAUGUUACCAAAGAAUAUUUCUGAGGAAUAUUAAAUUGCAUAUUUGUACAAGAUGUAUUUUUAUUUAGCAUUAAACAAUAGUAAACAAAUGAGGAACAGACAAACGAAGGACUAAAAUGAUACUUAUUUUGUACUUUCACAAUUAAUUUAAUUUAAAUAAGUGUGGAUAUUUGGUAUCAUUUGAAAGGGUAAUACAUUUUCUACAACUUUUUUUUCUAUUUAAUUUUUUUUAAUGAAAAUAAUGUUUAAAAGAAACCAGCAUUUGAAAAGGAUGUCUUUAAAAAACAAAAAAAAUUAUACUUCAGUGAUUGGUCCCCUGCAACUGCUAUGCACAAACUGCCUAGCCUGGCUCACAAGCUGAAUCAUUUUUUUCCAAGUACAUUUUAUGCAAGAAAAUAUAUUUUGUAACAUUUAACAGUAAAAAUUGCCUUAGGAGUGAUAAGAUUGUGCCUAGUAUAAGUCGUUGGAUAUGCAAGCGUGUGUGAUAUUGUUGAGUAAGAAUUUAACUUAUUAAUAUGAAUGAUAGUUUUGUUUUCUAUGCAUUUUGUCUGUUGCUGCUGUAGCGUUGCUGUAAAUUAAGCAUUUUUAACAUGUGGAAAUAAUUAUGUAUUCAUGUAAAACUUAUUUUCAAUUUUGCGUACUUUUGCAUCAUGUUAAGUAGUUUUGAUUGUUUAUACUUUACAGUUAAUUCUCCAUCACAAAGAGAGUUUACUAUUUGAGAGUAACUGUUAAUAAAGUUAUUUGGAAUAUUUGAGAGUAACUGUUAAUGAAGUUAUUUGGAAUGCAUAUAUUUUUUUUAAAGUAAUAUUUCACAGGGUUCCCACAGUCAUGGAAAAGCCUGGAAAGUCAUGGCUAAUGAAGAAAAAAAAAUCUCCCUUUGUCAUAGAAAGUCAUCAAUAUUUAUUGUGGGUAUGGGACCUGUGGGCCGUGUGUGGCUAUGGCAGACUUCCAAAUUGAACUGA